AGCCCCCCGCUUCCACAACCAGGUGGCUUGUUACUGUAUCGCCUCUGUCACAGCAGGGGCAGCAACCAGGCAGGAGGCAGCCGGUUCCCCCCUCGUUCUGUCCUAGAUGUUGGUACACGGUACGUUUUAAGGCAAAAUUGCAUUUUCGGAUGGGCGGUGGAACCUCUGAAGAGAGGACAGAUUGACGUUUGGUAAACUGCAGUGGCUCAAAUAUGGAAGAUAUUCUCUGAUUUUAAAGCCUCUUUGUCGGACUGUGUCUGCCCGAGCCGUACACCUGUGGACCGGGGAUCAUCACAGAAGGUCGAUUCAGCCAUGACCCACAGGCCUUUGGAAGUGCAGGAGAGCCUGGAGGAGCGGUGUAACCGGAUCCUGAGGAACAUGGAGGCCUCCCUGACGGCCCGGGAUCGCGUGGGCAUCCAGGACUUUGUGCUGCUGGACGCCUACACCAGUGAGAGUGCCUUUCUGGACAACCUGAGGAAACGCUUCCAUGAGAACCUGAUUUAUACCUACAUUGGGACGCUCUUGGUGUCGGUCAACCCGUACAAAGACUUAGACAUCUACAGCAAGAAGCAAAUGGAUACCUAUAUGGGAGUUAACUUCUUUGAGCUGCCACCUCACAUCUACGCCCUGGCAGACAACGUGUUCCGCACCAUGCUGUCAGAGUUCAACAACCACUUCAUCCUGAUCUCAGGAGAGAGCGGGGCUGGAAAGACCGAGGCCUCCAAAAAAAUCCUCCAGUUCUAUGCCGUCAGCUGUCCGAGCACCAGACUCCUGAACAACGUCCGGGACCGGCUGCUUCUUUCCAACCCAGUGCUUGAAGCUUUCGGAAACGCCAAAACUUUGAAAAAUGACAACUCAAGCCGCUUUGGGAAAUACAUGGACAUCGAGUUCGACCAUCGGGGUGGAGCUGUAGGUGGUCACAUCCUUAGUUACCUGCUGGAGAAAUCCCGUGUGGUGCACCAGAACCAUGGCGAGAGAAACUUCCACAUCUUCUACCAGCUGGUGGAAGGAGGAGAGGAGGAGCUGCUCCGCUGGCUCGGCCUGGAGAGAAACUGCAAGAACUACCGUUAUCUCGUGCAGGGGGAUUGUGCCAAAGUUAGCUCAAUCAAUGACAAAAGUGAUUGGAGGACAGUGCGUAAAGCCCUGUCGGUCAUAGACUUCAGCGAGAGUGACACGGAGCAUUUAUUUGGAAUUAUUGCCAGUGUGCUCCAUUUGGGGAAUCUAAAGUUUGAAGCCGACGCCCGAGGUUAUGCCACUGUCAAAAACAACCAGGAGAUGCAAUGGGUGUCAAAAUUAUUAGGUAUUCCUGGUCAGGUGCUACAGCAGGGCUUAACCCACAGAAAGAUAGAAGCCAAAACAGAAGAGGUGUUCAGCCCCUUCUCUGUGGAGCAUGCAGUAUAUGCCAGGGAUGCUCUCGCCAAAGCCAUCUAUGGCCGAACCUUCAACUGGCUGGUCAACAAGAUCAACGAAUCACUGGCUAAUCAGGAUUCCUCCAGGAAGACGGUAAUCGGUCUGCUGGACAUCUAUGGGUUUGAAGUUUUCAGUGUGAACAGCUUUGAACAGUUCUGCAUCAACUACUGCAACGAGAAGCUGCAGCAGCUUUUCAUCCAGCUGACGCUCAAAUCAGAACAGGAGGAGUACGAACUGGAAGGGAUUGAAUGGGAACCGGUGCCAUAUUUUAACAACAAGAUAAUCUGUGACCUUGUGGAGGAGAAAUUCAGAGGAAUCAUCUCGUUGUUGGAUGAGGAAUGUUUGCGUCCUGGGGAGGCCACCGACCUCACCUUUCUGGAGAAGAUGGAGGAGAAAAUUGGUGGUCAUCCUCACUUUGUCACCCACAAACUUGGGGACAAAAACACAAGAAAAACCCUGGAAAGAGGAGAUUUCCGUCUCCUUCACUAUGCGGGGGAGGUUACAUAUUGUGUUGUUGGAUUCUUGGACAAAAACAAUGAUCUGUUGUAUCGAAGUGGAAAAGAGGUCAUGCAGCACUCCAAAAAUGGCAUCAUCAAACACUGCUUUCCCUCCUCAGAACCCGACACCAAAAAGAGACCCGAAACUGUGGUGACCCAGUUUAAGAACAGCCUGGUGGGUCUGACGGAGAUCCUGAUGUCCAAGGAGCCGUGGUACGUGCGCUGUAUCAAACCCAAUGAAGCCAAGCAACCAGCAAGAUUUGACGAUGUGCUGGUGAGACAUCAGGUUAAAUACCUGGGGCUCAUGGAGCACCUGAGGGUCAGGCGGGCCGGCUUUGCGUACCGACGUAAAUAUGAGAUCUUUCUCCAAAGGUAUAAAGCUCUGUGUCCAGACACCUGGCCCAACUGGAAAGGCACCCCAGCAGAAGGGGUUCGGUGUCUUAUUAAGCACCUGGGCUACAAAACUGAUGAGUAUAAGUUCGGCAGGACGAAGAUUUUUAUUCGCCAUCCCAGAACUCUGUUUGCAACAGAGGAUGCCUUUCAGGUCUGCAAGCAUCAGCUAGCAACGAGGAUCCAAGCCAAAUACAAAGGCUGGAGGGUGAAGGAAGGCUACUUGAAACAGAAAGAGGCUGCCACUAAGAUUGAGAAUUGCUGGAGGGGUUUGCUGGCGAGGAAGGAGCGUGAGAGGAGAGCUUGGGCAGUCAAGGUCAUCAAGAGGUUCAUUAAAGGUUUCAUGACCAGAAAUCAGCCCGCCUGCGUUGACAACAGUGAGUACCUGGCCUAUGUGAGGCAGAACUACCUCACCCGGUUGAAGGAAAUCCUUCCCAAAACGGUCCUGGAGACGGACUCUUGGCUCACCCCACCACCCAUAUUAAAGGAGGCCUCACAGCUCUUGCAGAACAUCUACACUCGCUAUUUGGUGAGGCAGUACGUCAGAGAAAUUGCCCCCGAAAGGAAAUCGCAGCUGCUCCUAAAAGCCCAAACGAGCUCCAUGUUCAAAGGAAAAAAAGAAAACUACCCAUUCAGUGUAUACAGACCAUUUGUGGACACGAGGAUUGCUCUAGAAGACAUAAACUUGAAGGUCCUUCAGACCGUUCAGCAGGAACACAUCAAGUACAGCGUGCCAGUGGUGAAGUACGACAGGAAUGGGUUCAGGCCUCGUCUCCGGCAGCUCAUCUUCACCCAGGAAGCCGCAUAUCUGGUUGAGGAGACAAAGAUCAAGCAGCGGAUUGAUUACGCCUCUCUGAAAGGUGUUUCUGUGAGCAACCUGAGUGACAACUUCCUCAUCCUCCAUGUUAUAUGUGAUGACAUCAAACAAAAGGGAGAUCUGGUGCUGCAGUGCGACUACCUCUUUGAGGCCUUGACCAAGCUGAGUGUCAUUGCCGACAAGCAGAGCUGCAUCAAAGUGGUCCAGGGGAGUGUGAGAUUUGACAUUCAGCCCGGCAGAGAGGGGUUUGUUGACUUCAAAAGCGGUCAGGAGUCCAUGGUCUACAGAGCAAAGAACGGCCAUCUGAUGGUGGAAUCGACAAGAAUGAAAUCCAGAUGAAGAUAAAGCCUAACUGGGAUGAUGGUGCUCCUAGAAGCCUCAGAGAUGUACCUCUGAAAUAAACAGCCAUGUUUGCACUGUAAUAACAGCUUAACAGGAGCUUUACAGACGACGGUGUUAUGUUUUGCAUGUUUAUGGCAUUAUUCUACUGUAAUCCAAUGUUGUUCAUCAAAUAAUGCCAAUAUUGUAACAGUAGAAACAGCAGCUCAUAGAUGAGCCUGAUCAAAAAAAGUAGAUUAAAACCAGACAAACUAUAUAAGCUAAUUAAAACCUAUUUUUUAUUUGAUUUUGGUGAAAAUGGCAAUAAAAGACAUGUGUAUGAAAAACAGGGCUGCACAGGGGUGUAGUUGGUCAUUUUGUCUUGCAACAAAAAGAUCCUGAGUUCAAAUCCCAGCCUGGGAUCUUUCUGCAUGGGAUGUUCUCCCUGUGCAUGUGUGGGUUCUCACCAGGUACUCCA